GCACUAACAAACCUUUACGAAUCUCAGAAACCCUCUCGCCCCCCUCUUUUUUUCUCUCCUAAAAUGGCCGAUACAGCUAUUCUUGAUACAAAUGUCGCCACCAAGAAAUCAAGAAACGCAAGAAAACCACUGAAACAGAAAAACCCAACAGUGAAUGAAGCCAAUUUCGUUGCCCAAAAGAUCUCCCAAGCCUCGCCGGCUCCGGUUCCUUCUCCCAUGGAAGCCGAUCCCACAAAAGAGAACCAUGAGAGCCUUUCCCAGACUCGAACUUCUCCCAAGAAAACCAGGGGCGGGAAAGGAAAGCAGAGCAAGCAGCAGUCUUUUGAGAAGGAGUUGCUAGAGAUGCAGGAUAUGCUGCAGAAGAUGAAGAUUGAGAAGGAGAAGACGGAGGAGCUGUUGAAGGAGAAAGAUGAGAUGUUGAAGAUCAAGGAAGAGGAACUUGAGAACAAGGGAAAGGAGCAGGAGAAGCUUCAGAUGGAGUUCAAGAAGCUGCAGAAGAUGAAGGAAUUCAAGCCCACCGUGACUUUUCCAAUUGCUCAAUCCUUGCAAGAUAAGGAGCAAGACAAGAAGGAGAAGAAGAAGGGUUGCCCUGAAAAGAAAAGGCCAUCUCCACCUUAUAUCCUGUGGUGCAAAGAUCAAUGGAAUGAGGUCAAGAAGGAGAAACCGGAGGCAGACUUCAAAGAGAUCUCAAACAUUUUGGGGGCAAGAUGGAAGACUGUUACUGCUGAAGAAAAGAAGCCUUAUGAAGAAAAGUAUCAGGCUGAGAAGGAAGCCUAUCUGCAAGUGAUGGCGAAGGAGAAACGCGAAACUGAAGCAAUGAAGCUUUUGGAUGAGGAGCAUAAACAGAAGACAGCUAUGGAGCUUCUUGAACAAUAUCUACAGUACAAGCAGGAAGCAGAGAAGGAGAACAAGAAGACCAAGAAAGAAAAGGAUCCAUUGAAACCAAAGCAUCCGAUGUCAGCAUUUUUCCUGUUCUCAAAUGAAAGGCGAGCUGCUCUUUUGGCAGAGAACAAGAAUGUUUUGGAAGUAGCCAAGAUUGCCGGUGAAGAGUGGAAAGCUAUGAAUGAAGAACAGAGGGGGCCUUAUGAAGAGAUGGCAAAGAAGAACAAGGAAAAGUAUAUGCAAGAAAUGGAGGCUUACAAGCUGAGAAAGGAGGAAGAAGCUAUGAAUUUGAAGAAGGAAGAGGAGGAGUUGAUGAAACUUCAGAAACAAGAAGCUCUGCAGCUUCUCAAGAAGAAAGAGAAAACAGAAAAUAUCAUCAAGAAAACAAAGGAGAAACGCCAGAAGAAGAAGCAACAGAAUUCUGACCCUAACAAGCCAAAGAAGCCUGCUUCCUCAUUCCUUCUCUUCAGCAAAGAAGCAAGGAAAACCCUGAUGCAGGAGCGACAAGGAAUUAACAAUGCCACUCUCAAUGCACUGAUUUCAGUGAAAUGGAAGGAACUCGGUGAAGAAGAGAAACAAGUCUGGAAUUCCAAAGCAGCUGAGGCCAUGGAAGCCUACAAGAAAGAAUUGGAAGAAUACAACAAGUCCACAGCAGCAGUGAUGGAGGAGGCCUGACGCUAGUUAUAUCCUACAAGUAGAACUCUUUAGUAGUAACUUUUUAGUGCUCUGUUUUUGAUGUUCAAGUGUUAUUUUUGAACAUCACCGUGUUGUCCUCCUACCAUGUUAUUUCCAUUUUUUUUUUAAUUUCAAUUUCAACUAUUGACUCAAAUUCUACUUUUUGCCUAAUUCUUUAAAAUCAAUGCUGACUCGAGUU